UAGCAAGGGUUCCCUGGGGCCCCAAGCAAAAAGUAACAGGGGGCCCUCUGAAGUACUGAUGGAAAUAUGGGGUGUAAUAAAUUAUACUUUGCCAUUAUAAGGAAUUGCCACAGGUCAAAGAAGUUGUUAUAUGCAUGUAGUUUUUAUUUUAGCAUGUACUCAAAAAAUGUAAACAUUGAGUGUAAACAUUAAGUGAUUAAGACAAUAACACUGAAAAUCUAGUACCCUGGCAAAUUCAACAAGAAUAAGAACAAGAUAAAUAAAUAUAUGUUUGUUUGUAAAGUGUCACAGUUUUUAAAAUGCUUUUAGAAAAGAAAAACUAUAAAAAAACUAUAAACACCACAACAAUAAAAGCAAACCACAUAAUCAAAUAAAAAAAUAAAUAUUAAUCAAGUAUGUGCACAGGUUCCUGAAAUGCAACGUGUAAGAAACACAGAAAAGUGUAUAUAAAAGUGCACAUGAGCCUUUUGGAUUUUUUUUAUAAAAACAAAAACCUACCAGUGUUGCUUUCUAGCCUUGGCUUGUGCAAAUGCAGUGACCAUGUCUUCUAAAUUCAAUGAUCGUCCUACCUUGUGCUCAAUCGAAAUUAAAGCUAAUCCUGAAAGCCUUUCCUGAGACAUAGUUGAUCUGAGAUAAUUUUUUAUCAACUUGAGUGAUGAAAAGCUUCUCUCGCCAGAGGCAACAGUGAUGGGCAGUGUCAAUAAGUAAGUGUCAAAUAAGUCGAAAGGCAAUACUGAGAUUUGCAUACAGAUCCAGAAGCUGCUCUUUGUAAAUAUAGUCAAGCAUUUCUCUUGGGGAAGUUACAUUAUCAGGAAAUGCAUGAUAUGCAGCUCUGACCUCCAGUAUUAAAUCGUCACAAUCUAUGUCAUGAAGUGCUUUUUCAAAUUUUUUGCACUUUUCUGUCAGGGUGUCAUUUUGAAUAGCUGCAGACAUUUCCUCCUUUGACAAAAGAAAGCCAUAAAGGUCAUAAACAUCUUUAAGUCUUGAAAACCUGUCAUUUAGGCUGGUCAGAGCAGCGUCUACUACCACCUCUCUCUCCCCCUCUCCCUCUGUCUGACAGAGAGAAGGAGGUGAGGGAGGGGCGAGUUUGACUCAAGGCAGAGGGGGCCCCUUCAGGGGCUCUGCGACGGGCGGUUGUCAUUGCACCUUGUAACUGCAGCUUUCUAGUGAAUGUAUUCUGUCGCUGUUUGUGUCAAUUCUGUUGGCCCACGUGGGGCCCUUCCUAGCUAGGGGGCCCCAAGCAAUUGCCUGCCUUGCCUAAUGGCAAGCUACGGCUCUGCUUAGAUGGGAGACCACCUGGGAAUACCAGGUGCUGUAAGCUUUUUACAUCUCCUCACAACCUGCACAGGACGCUGUUGCUCAUUCUCUGGAGACAGCUGGCAACUAAAACCUCUCUGGGUUAUUCAGACGUUCCUGUCUGUUGGGAUACAAAUUCUCAUCCACUUCACGAAUAUCUUCUCUUGUCUUUGAGCGAUUUCAGAAAACUCUAACCCUUCACACAUUUCCCUUUGUUAGAGAAAGUCAAGAUUCACCUGGGAGCAAUUUAUCAAUUCAGGACAGAUUUUAAAAAAAAAAAAAAAAAAAAAAGUCUACUGGAAAAGUCUAGAAACAUCCUGACAUUAUGACAACUUGUUGAACCAUUCUGCAUGUAAAGACUGAUGUGAUGAACUAAUGCCUAACUGGGCAGUGAGACUAUUCAACAGAGACCCAUUAGAAUACAUUCUGAUCAACAUGACAUAAGCAGCUGAUAAUGUAGGAAACAGCAGAGAAUUGUACAGAAUCAUUUGCAUGGAUGAACCAAAGCAUUUGCAACUUGUUCAAAGAAAUGAGAAACUGCUUUUUUGAUGUGCACAAGUGACACAAUGAUGUGAAGAUUGAACAAGUAAUUUUGAGAAUUUCAGUUCUGAUCUGAGAAAUGAACCAAAGCGACUGAGAAAAACUGUAAAUUCCAGUAAGUUGUAAAGGUGUUCUGGGGAUGUGAGCAUUCUUUGUCUCCCAGCUGCUCCUGUCUCAAAGUGCACAGUUGCAAUGUACUGAUUCCUGUUUUCUUUUUCUGAGCUGAUAAGAUGGUGUAGCUGUGCAUUUCAAAUAGCUGGACAAACUUCUACUUGGUUCGAUGAAGCCUUUAAAAACACAAGGUCUUGUGUGUGAGUGAACUCUAAGAAGUUCAAAUCCAGAGGCAGGUGUCUGAAUGAAGGAAGUGGUGUUGUCAGAUCAUGUAGAAAUCUGUUUCCUGCUUCGUUGCCCUGACAACAGUGACGUCACGGCCCUACCUGUUCCUCAAAUUAGUUCUGCUUUUACCGUCUUCAUGUCGCAGCUUCUUUUCUCCGUCUGAAUGUGAGUAAAACACUUUAAACUGUUUUUUAUCUUUUAUAUAUCUAUAGAACAUAAAACUGAUUGAAUCAUUCAUCGUAUUUUAACUCAAAAACAAUGUUGUUUUGGCACAAUUAAAACAUUAAAUCGUUUUUUUGUUUUUCCCCUAAAACCAAAUCUUCAGACAUGUUGGGGUGUUCCCAACCAGCAGGAGUUAUCAAACUGAUGCAAAUAGUGCUGAAAUCAAUGUGUUUUAUCAGUAAAUAUUAUUUGCAUUUGUCAGGCAGUUCUAAACAUGAGUUGUUCUUAUUAGCAGAACUUCAGUGCAACAGUUGUAGGAUGGAAAUGCUUUGAACAUUUGAUUUUUCAACAACAUACGUAGCAAGAACAUUGUGUGGAACAAACAGUGGUGGAAAAAAGUUUUGGGACUCCCCAUGCAUUUGUGAAAUACUGCAUUAAGAAUCCCUCUGAGGUCUUCAAGUGUAAUUUCUUUUAGUUCAGUCACAGCCAGAAUACUAAACACAUCCUAAAAAAGACAUUAAAAACUGUAAACUGAUUGGUUCCAUGUUGAGUUUUGGGUCAUUUUGGUUCUAGUGAUCCACUAUUGAAGGUCCUGCUUUUUAUUAAAAGACACAAUUUUAGAUUCUGUGCUUCAUGUCUUUAUAAAGCAGCACAUCAGAAAGUUCUUCAGAGAUAAAAAUGACUAAAACAGAGAACCUAACACAGGAAACAUGAGUGAAGACACAGAUUCUCAGACAGGAAGUGCAGCUGUAACCAUAUGAACAGGAAGUGCAGAUGCAGUCCUUCAGCAGUUGGAUUCACUCUGCAGAAAUACAGACCAACCAACAGCUGGAAGACAAACCAACAUCUGGAGGUCCAAGAGUUUCUUCAGCAAGAAACGACCUCAUCCUGAUCCACAUGGAAAACCAGCCAAUGACAUGACAGGAACUUAAGCAGCAGUGGUCAAACCAAACUGGUGUCCAGUGUUCCACCAGACUUUUAGAUCAUGGCUGAAGGUCGUACAAUGCUGUCAAGAAGCCCCUGACCAAUGAGAGACAGAGGUUAGCCCGGUGUUGUUGGACCAAGAACACAAGAACUGGACAGCCAGGAAGUGGAAGAAGACUCUGUGGUCAGAUGAGUCCAGAGUUGGUCCAAAAUAACUCAAAACUACUCCAAAGUGAAUUAAAAAGUUCCAAAAUAACUCAAAUUUUUUUCCAAAAUGACUUUAAACUGUCUGAAUGUGAUCUGGAAUGAGUUUGAAAUUCAACGAAAAUUACUCAAAAUCAUUCAAGAUUUGUUUAAAAUAGCUCAAAAUAAGUUAAAACUAGUUAAAAUAUGUCAAACAAUUCUUAAAUUUUGUCCAAAAUGACUUAAACUUUGUGACAAAUCAGAAUAAAAUGACUAGAAAAGUUAGUAGACCUGACCCUGUUUGUAGCUGCCGUUAGUUUAGUUCCAGCAGCAGAAAUGUGGCUCCACAGCUCCAUGUUCGCUCCUUCAUGGGACUAAAAAGUUGUCCGUUAGCUAAAAUCUGUGAAUGUGUAUGAAGUUUGAGGAGAAACGUCCCUAAACUGAUGUAGUUCAGUUUAGGGAUGUAGUUCAGAAGUGUAUCAGUGAUUCCAUUCUAGGGAAUGUUAACUGUCAGGGAUUUACAGCCUGAUGGGAGUUUCUGCUUUCGUGAACCACAGGGUUUGUAGAAGUUAUGUUGGAUGUUGAGAGACAUGAAAAAGGUUGAAUGUUGAAAUAAUCCGUCACAUGAAAUGAGUGGGAAUCAGCCUGUAAAAUGUGCUCUUAUUGUGAAACUCUGCCUGCUGCGUCCUCAUAGGUGGAGUCCUGACUGGUUCCAGGAAACAGAUCACCUGUCUGAGUGUCCAUAUCACAAGGAUGGGUGUAAAGCUAACUGCUAGGCUAGUGCUCACAGUUAGCCUCCCUUAUCAGUCUGAACGUGGCUGUCGAGCACACCAGCUCAUGUGAUUUUUUUUCGUCAAACAGGGAGACACGAUGACAUCAGAGGUGCUCUUGAACAUCCUGGAUGAUCUGGAUGAUGAGGAGCUGUCUACAUUCCAGUGGUUCCUGCAGAAACCCAACAAUGUUCAAGACCUUCCAGCCAUCAAAAAGAGUCGACUACAGACACCAAACAGGUGUAAAACUGUGGAUGUGAUGGUGGAGACUUAUGGACUUCAGAGAGCUGUGCAGAUGACCAGGGUGGUUUUAGAGAAGAUCUCCAGGAAUGAUCUGCUGCAGAGGUUUCCUGCCAGCAGCUCAGGACCAGAAGAUGAGACUGUUCCGGUACCAGAACCACAUCCCAUCAAAUAUUACCAACAGAAGCUUCAGUCAAACUUCCAGCACACGUUUAAGGUUACAACAGAGGGGUGGGAAGCAGAUAAGCAGCUUCUGAUUGAUAUCUACACAGAGCUGUACAUCACAGCUGGCCGGGAUGUGCACAUCAACACACAGCAUGAGGUCCGACAGAUUGAGAAUAUGGGGAAGCCAUCAGACACAGAGACACAGAUCCAACCCAGAGACAUUUUCAAGCAUCCUUCUGGAAAAGACAUACCCAUCAGAACAGUGCUGACCAAUGGGAUUGCAGGGAUUGGAAAAACAUUCCUUGUGCGCAAGUUUAUGUUGGACUGGGCCGAAGAAAGAACCAAUCAAGAUGUGCAUCUUAUUUUCCCAUUCACUUUCCGUGCCCUGAAUUCACUGCAGGGAAAAAAGUUUGGUUUGGCAGAGCUCAUUCAUUUCUGUAUCCCAGAAACUGAAGAUGUCACAGUGGAGGCUCUGAAUUACAUCUUUACAGCUCUGCAGUCAUCAGGAAACAGCAGCUACAAAAAGAGCAGAUUCAAACUGCUGUUUGUGUUUGAUGGACUGGAUGAGAAUCGCCUUCAUUUGGACUUUGAUGUCAACAACAUUCCCUCCGUGGACGUAACAAAGUCAACAAAAAUAGAAGUCCUGCUGAGGGGACUGAUCAGUGGAAAACUGUUGCGCUCAGCUCGCCUCUGGAUAACCACACGACCUGCAGCAGCCAAUCAGAUCCCUCCUGACUGUGUGGACAUGGUGACGGAGGUCAGAGGGUUCACCGACUCACAGAAGGAGGAGUACUUCAGGAAGAGAUUCAAGGAGCAGACCAGCAGCAUCAUCUCCCACAUGAAGACAUCACGAAGCCUCCACAUCAUGUGCUACAUCCCAGUGUUCUGCUGGAUCACUGCUACAGUUCUGGAGGAGCUGCUGAGAACCAGAGCAGGAGGAGAACUGCCCAGAACCCUGACUGAGAUGUACGCAGAGUUUCUAAGAUUUCAGAUUGAUCAAACAAAAGAAAAGUACGGUCCAGAGAAGUGCAUUCAGUCCAUGAAGUCAUUAGCUAAACUGGCUUUUGAACAGCUGCAAAAGGGCAACCUGAUCUUCUAUGAGAAAGAUCUGAGAAAAAGUGGCAUCGAUGUGAGGGAAGCCUCAGUGUACUCAGGAGUGUUCACAGAGAUCUUCAAAGCAGAGCGAAGACGGAAACAGGAAGACAAGAUGUUCAGCUUCGUCCAUCUGAGUGUUCACGAGUUUCUGGCUGCUCUUCAUAUCCAUCUGACCUUCAUCAACUCUGGAAUCAACCUGUUGGAAAAACAACAAACAACAUCCCGUUGGUCUGAUAUGUUCCAAAGUUAUUCAACAGUUUUCUACCAGACAGUUGUGGACGAGGCCUUACAGAGUCCAAACGGACACCUGGACUUGUUCCUGCGCUUCCUCCUGGGUCUGUCACUGUCGACCAAUCAGAAUCUCCUACCAGGCCUGCUGACACAGACAGGAAGUAGCUCAAAGACCAAUCAGAAAACAGUGGAAUACAUCAAGGAGAAGAUCAGUAAGGAUGUGUCUGCAGAGAGAAGCAUCAAUCUGUUCCACUGUCUGAAUGAACUGAAGGAUGUUUCUCUAGUGGAGGAGAUCCAACAGUCCCUGAGAUCAGGACGUCUGUCCACAGAUGAACUGUCUCCUGCUCAGUGGUCAGCUCUGGUCUUCAUCUUACUGUCAUCAGGAGAAGAUCUGGACGUGUUUGACCUGAAGAAAUACUCUGCUUCAGAGGAGGCUCUUCUGAGGCUGCUGCCAGUGGUCAAAGCCUCCAAGAAAAUUGUAGUGAGUGGCUGUAAUCUGUCAGAGAGAAGCUGUGGAGCUCUGUCCUCAGUCCUCAGCUCCCAGUCCUCCAGUGUGACAGAGCUGGACCUGACUAACAACAACCUGCAGGAUUCAGGAGUGGAGAGUCUUUCUGCUGGACUGGAGAGUCCACACUGUAAACUUGAAGCUCUCAGACUUAAUAACUGUAAUCUGUCAGAGAGAAGCUGUGGAGCUCUGUCCUCAGUCCUCAGCUCCCAGUCCUCCAGUGUGACAGAGCUGGACCUGACUAACAACAACCUGCAGGAUUCAGGAGUGGAGAGCCUUUCUGCUGGACUGGAGAGUCCACACUGUAAACUGGAAGCUCUCAGACUGAGUAGCUGUAAUCUGUCAGAGAGAAGCUGUGGAGCUCUGUCCUCAGUCCUCAGCUCCCAGUCCUCCAGUGUGACAGAGCUGGACCUGACUAACAACAACCUGCAGGAUUCAGGAGUGGAGAGUCUUUCUGCUGGACUGAAGAGUCCACACUGUAAACUGGAAGCUCUCAGACUGAGUAGCUGUAAUCUGUCAGAGAGAAGCUGUGGAGCUCUGUCCUCAGUCCUCAGCUCCCAGUCCUCCAGUGUGACAGAGCUGGACCUGACUAACAACAACCUGCAGGAUUCAGGAGUGGAGAGUCUUUCUGCUGGACUGAAGAGUCCACACUGUAAACUGGAAGCUCUCAGACUGAGUAGCUGUAAUCUGUCAGAGAGAAGCUGUGGAGCUCUGUCCUCAGUCCUCAGCUCCCAGUCCUCCAGUGUGACAGAGCUGGACCUGACUAACAACAACCUGCAGGAUUCAGGAGUGGAGAGUCUUUCUGCUGGACUGAAGAGUCCACACUGUAAACUGGAAGCUCUCAGACUGAGUAGCUGUAAUCUGUCAGAGAGAAGCUGUGGAGCUCUGUCCUCAGUCCUCAGCUCCCAGUCCUCCAGUGUGACAGAGCUGGACCUGACUAACAACAACCUGCAGGAUUCAGGAGUGGAGAGUCUUUCUGCUGGACUGAAGAGUCCACACUGUAAACUGGAAGCUCUCAGACUGAGUGGUUGUAAUCUGUCAGAGAGAAGCUGUGGAGCUCUGUCCUCAGUCCUCAGCUCCCAGUCCUCCAGUGUGACAGAGCUGGACCUGAGUAACAACAACCUGCAGGAUUCAGGAGUGGAGAGUCUUUCUGCUGGACUGGAGAGUCCACACUGUAAAUUGGAAGCUCUCAGGCUGUCAGGCUGUCUGGUCACAGAAGAAGGCUGUGCUUCUCUGGCCUCAGCUCUGAGCUUCAAGACCUCAAAUCUGAGAGAGCUAGACCUGAGCUACAACCAUCCAGGAGACUCAGGAGAGAAGAAGCUGAGGGCUAAAGUGGAAGAUCCAGACUGUAGACUGGAAAUUCUCAGGGUAACGCCUGCUGGAGUCCGAUGGUUGACACCAGGUCUGAGGAAGUAUUCCUGUCAACUCACAGUCGACACAAACACAGUACACAGAAACCUCAAACUGUCUGACAACAGGAAGGUGACAUUUGUGGAGGAGGAUCAGUCGUAUCCUGAUCAUCCAGACAGGUUUGACUACUGGCCUCAGCUGCUGUGUACAACUGGUCUGACUGGUCGUUGUUACUGGGAGGUGGAGUGGAGAGGAAAGGUUCAUAUAUCAGUGAGUUACAGAGAAAUCAGAAGGAAAGGACGCAGUGUUGACUGUGGGUUUGGAAAUAAUGAUCAGUCCUGGAGUCUGAGCUGUUCUGAUCGUUAUGGUUACUCUGAUGUUGGUUACUCUGUCUGGCACAAUGACAGUCAAACAUCCAUCAGCUCCUCCUCAGACUCUCACAGAGUUUCAGUUUAUGUGGACGUUCCUGCUGGAACUCUGUCCUUCUACAGAGUCUCCUCUGACUCUCUGAUCCACCUCCACACCUUCAACACCACAUUCACUCAACCUCUCUAUCCUGGAUUCUGGUUCUCCUCCUGGCUGUCUGGUUCCUCAGUGUUUCUGUGCUGAGUUGAGUCUCCAGAGUCUCCUCCUGGUAGAGAAACAGUGUUAAACAGAUAGUUGAGUCUCUCCAUGAGUCUGUCCCUCAGAAACAUGUUUUCACAUUCAUGGAUUAAAUGUGUUUCUUUGUGAAAUCCUUCUAAAUGAUUCCUUGUAAACUUGUUCCGCUUCAAAGAUGGAAGUUGUGAUUAUUUCAGGAGCCAAAUGUGGUGUUUGCGUCUUUUUCCAGUCAAAUGUUGAGAGUGAAAAUCAGGAUGUGGUGUUCCUCUGAUGCUCACUUGAACUAAAAGCAUUUGAGCUGCACAAAGUGUGAAAUGAGAGAGGAAGCAGUGAAUCUACAAACUGCUGACAGACUUUUACACAUUAUUGUCCAGUGAAAAUCAGGUUUUUGUGCAGCCAGACUUGAUCCUGAUUUGAGUGUUUAAGUCCUGUUGUAGUGAUGAAAUGAGAACUUCCUUCAUCUUGUGUGUGAUGGAGAAGAAUAAAGGGCUGUGGCUAAAAA